AUGUUAUUUCUGAAGCUUUGCUUGUUAUGAGUAAAAUCACUCAUAACCCUGUUGUGUGAAAGAGGGUUUAGCAGCUCUUUUGGCGUCUUUAAGUUGCCAGAUGAGCUUUGGUCUAUUUUAGAGCUUGAUUUACUAGGAUUUAAUAAACUAUUAGGUGUCUGUGACCUUUUAGAAAAUAGCCUGAAUUUAGAUUGUGGAGAAUUUGAGACUUUCUUUAGCAUUGACUUGCUGCUUUGAAACCCAAUGCUUGGUUUUCUUUCUUUUUGCAUUGAUAAAGGUCUUGAAAAAUUGGGUUUUGAUUUUAUUUGGAUUUUUAAGACAUUGGAAGUGCUGAUACUUCGGGGGAAAAUAUAA